AUGCCGUACACAGUCCCGGAAGUCGCCAGACCUUUCACGCUUCGCAUCUCCGAUGAAGACUGUUCUCGACUCCGGGAACUUCUUCGGCUCUCCCGUGUAGGGCCCACGACCUGGGAGAAUCAGCACCAAGAUGGACGCUACGGGAUCUCACACCAGUGGCUUACCUCAACCAAGGACUACUGGCAGAAUGAAUUUGACUGGCGUGCCCAAGAAGCUCGCAUCAACUCACUUCCAAACUAUAAGAUCAGUGUUCAAAAUGACGCCGGUAAGGGAGAUAUUGGCCUUCACUUUGUUGGAUUGUUCUCGCAAAAGGAUGACGCUAUACCCAUCGUGUUGCUUCAUGGCUGGCCAGGUAGUUUCCUUGAGUUCAUACCAACCUUGGAACUUCUUCAGAAGAAGUAUGAAUCCGCUUCGUUGCCUUAUCACGUUAUUAUACCCUCGCUUCCUGGGUAUACGCUUAGCUCGGGGCCAAGCGAAACCGAAGCCUGGAAUAGCCAAGAUGCAGCACGUAUGAUCAACAAAGCAGUCAUGUCUCUUGGUUUCAGCCGGUAUGCUGUACAGGGAGGUGACGUUGGGUCUCUGAUUGCUUCGACGCUUGCCACGACAUAUGACUCUGUCGCGGCGAUCCAUCUCAAUCUCCUACCAAGCCUGGACAGGGUAACCUCCGAUAAUCCAUCACUUUCUUCCAGUGAAAAAGCGGCCAUUGAGCGUGCAGAGCAGCGGUUCCUGACCCCAACUACAGGGGCUGCCUUGCUGCAAAGUACAAGGCCUGCCACAAUUGGGGCCAUGGUCUCGUCUAGCCCUCUAGCUCUCUUGACAUGGAUUGGCGAGAAGUUCCUUGAAUGGCCUGACGACCCAAUCAGUCUUGACGAGCUCCUGACCAAUGUUUCGCUCUAUUGGUUCACUGAAACAAUGCCUCGAUGCAUCUAUACGUAUCGCGGAACCUUUAUCAAUGGACAUCAAUAUUCGUUUCCACCCUUCAAGCAACCAUUUGGCUUUUCCUGGUUUAUGCGGGAACUUGCCCCUGGGCCGAAGAAUAUCGUUGAAAAGAAGGGAGAUCUAGUCUUCUAUCGACAGCACGAGCAGGUCUUCGGAAUAGCACUUUCUAUCUACUAA